UCACAGGAAAGUGUGGCAUUCACGACCCAGCGCUCAUGCUGUACAGGUCCUAUACAACUACCUGCCUUCACUACCCUGACCAGAUCCCAGAACUCGCUCAGAGACGGAGACAGAGAGAGAGAGGCACGUGAGGUGUGUGUAAUAGAGUAGGGAUCAGUUAGGUGAACUCCAGAGGGAAUCUUGACAGUAGAAAGGCAAGUAAGGACACACUCGCACAACUUUCCACUGCUCGUAACCUUCAUUUCAGCACAUUCCACAUUAUUUUACUGCAUUAUCUAAGCUGGUAGAAAUGGAAGUAAUCGAAGAUGCCCAUUUGCACCUGGAGGUGCCCGAGCCGCACAAGUCCCUCACCGAGAUCUCCGAUGAUGAAGUCAACCUCCCGGGCUCUGAGGAUGAAGAUGAGGCCGCCGUCGAUAAUAAAUCCAAAUAUGGCGAUGAGAAAGAAGAGAGGGGUGAUGGAGACAAAGGUGAGAUGAAUGGAGUGAUGGUCCUGGCUCUUCUAGAUAAAAUCAUCGGGGCUGUGGAUCAGAUCCAGCAGACGCAGGCUGGGCUGGAAGUCCGUCAGAGGGAGAUGGAGAAGUCGGUGACGGGCAUCCAAGGAGAACUCACCAAACUCUCCAAAAGUCACUCCACCACAGCCAACACGGUCAAUAAGAUGCUGGAGAAGGUGCGGAAGGUCAGCGUUAAUGUGAAGACAGUGCGAGGGAAUCUGGAGAAGCAAGGCGGGCAGAUUAAACGUCUGGAGUGCAAUGAAAAUGAACUUCUGAAGAGAAGAAACUUCAAAGUCAUGAUUUACCAGGACGAGGUGAAAAUACCUACAAAAGUGAAUGUAGCAAAGUCUAUGAAGUUACCAGAGCCUGUAGAGGGGGAGCUAGAACUUAAAGCAGCUGCAGAAGAAGGAGGAGAGGACAAAGAGAAAGUACAUCUGGACCUGUCCUCUGACGAAGAAGAAUUAGAGAUUGAGGAGACCAUCGAUGAGACACGAGCAGAGCGCAUCAAACGGAGCAGCCUACUGCGUGUCCAGAACAUCAGAACCGUUUUCUCCAGGGAAAAGAUGGAGAAAACCAAACAAAAGACGAAGGAAAACCUGGAGAAGACCAAGCAGAAGACCAAAGAUAAUUUAGAAAAAACCCGUGUGAAGACCAAAGAGAACCUGGAAAAGACCAAGCAGAAGACCAAGGAGAACCUGGAGAAGACCAAACAGAAGACCCGAGAAAACCUGGAAAAAACACGUCACAACAUUGAGAAAAAGAUGGGCAAACUCGGCACUCGCAUGUCGGUGAACCCCGAGCGCAAAGAAAAGCUCAAGUCCUCACAGAAGAAGAUGGUAAAGUCCUUCACUCCAGACCACACCAUCUAUGCCCGCUCCAAUACGGCCAUCUACAAGGUGCCACCCUUCACCUUCCAUGUGAAGAAGAUCCGUGAGGGAGAGAUGGAGAUCCAGGGAACUGAAAUGGUGGAGGUUGGUGGAGAUGCAGAAGAGGUGGAGAAUGAAGUGAUGGAGGGAGAAGAUGAGGAGAUGGAAGAUGGAGAGAUGGAUGAGGAUGAGGCAACAGAGGACAGCCCUGAGAUGCGGGCACUGCUGCAGAGGGGAGAAGUUUCUGAGCUGGUGUUGGUGGAACAUGACCAUGACAGAGAUAGCGAUUAGACAAAACAUUGUCUUCAUGUGUUUGUGUUUUAGGGUGCCUGCACACUAGAGACAGCUCUGUAAGAGCAUUUGUAUGCAUGAUAUUGAUUUUGAGUAUUUUUUACUGUUGUCUCUGCAUAUUAAGCCGAAGAGAAAGUAUUUCAACAUUAAACAAGUCACACAAUUCACUUUUAGUAUUUUGUCAAUGUUAAACUGCAUAAUAGUGCAUCAAUUCUGCAGACCUCUGCAUUUCUCUUGCUUGUCUUUAAAACACAUCAUUCCCAUUAAAAUCAUUGGAUGAAAACUCUAGUGUGUAGGUGCCUUAAGAGUCUUUUCUGUAUGAGGCAGAUGUGUAAUGUUGCAGGACAAAGUGAUUGUGUGUUUGUGUGUGUGACAGCAUGUGUGCGUGUAUUUGCAGGGUUUUUUUCUGGCAGCAAAAGAUUUAAAAUGUCAACUGACUCCAUUCAGAUUGAGAUUUACUGGGAUUGAGAUUUACUGUGCUAGUCCAUGUAACAUCUUUGAGUUCAUAAACUUUUGUAAAUGUGUGGUUGUGAGCAAGAUAUUGUGACAAAUAAGAUGAAACAAUGUGUAAGGUAAUGGCCAUUGUGGUCAUUGGACAGAAUACAAUAAAUGUUCAUAUAUAAGACCGAGGACAGAGAAAGAGAUACAAUUAAUAACAGACUUGGACAAGUGUUAUACAGGUCGUUUUGUCAGAUUUUUCUUUUAUGUUCAAUGUAAAGAUAUAUGAGUCACAUCACUUAUCAUAGACAGUGGAUUAAAAAAGAGCCUGAAA